AUGGUUGUCACUGCCCAUUGGAUCGAUGAUAAGUGGAAUCUGAAAAAGAAAAUUCUCAACGUUUUCCAAACAUCAGAUCAUAAGGGUGAAAUAAUUGCUAAGGAGAUUGAGGCAUGCUUAUUUGAUUGGAAAAUUUAUAACAUAUUCACGGUGACCUUAGAUAAUGCAACUGCUAAUGAUUCUGCAAUUAAACACUUGAAGAGAAGAAUUGAGGAUUGGAAAGGAAGCAUCUUAGGAAAUGAGUUCUUACAUGUUAGAUGUAAUGCUCAUAUUCUAAAUUUGAUCGUGAAAGAAAGACUCGAUGAACAAAAUGAGUCUAUUUCUCGGGUAACUUUGAAAUUCUCAGGAACUUCAUAUGUUACUUCCAAUUCUUUCUUCUAUGAGAUUUUUAAUCUUCAAAAGAUAAUUUACAAAUAUGUUCGUAGUGAAGAUUCUAUUUUGAGCGGCAUGGCUAAAAAAAUGGAGCUUAAAUUUAACAAAUAUUGGAGUACAUUUAAAAGUAUGAACAAGCUAUUAUUCAUUGAUGUUGUUUUGGAUCCUCGAUACAAGUUGAAAUAUAUGGAAUAUCUGUUUAAAAACUCUUAUGGUUGUUUGGUGGGAGCCAAAAAAUUGAAAAAGAUGAUGAAUACUUUGAGUCGCUUGUAUAAUUACUAUAUGAGUUCUUUUUAUGGGACUCAUACCGAUAACAUUAGUGGUCAAACAAGCUUAAAUGAUGAAAUUGAUACCAUACAUUGUGAUGAGAUAUGGCAAUCACAAUGGGAGAAAUAUUUGGCUGAUGAAGACAAUACUAAAAAUAAAUCAGAACUUGAGAAGUACUUGGUAGAUGAUUUGGAAAAGAUCAAAGAGUUAGAUAUUUUAGCUUGGUGGAAAGUUUCUUCGGCUAGGUAUCCAAUUAUUUCUAGGAUGGCAAGAGAUGUUCUUUCUAUUUCUAUUUCUAUAAUUGCUUCUGAAUCAGCUUUUAGCGAAGUCCCGCUCCGACCGCCCGACGAGUCAGAACUUAGAUAG